AUGAGUGUAAAGGGGACCAGAGACAUGAACGGAGUAGCCAGGAAGGAUAUGUACGAGUACCAGGCACCAUGGAGUGUAUAUGGAUUGGACUGGAGUAAGCGGCCUGGUGACAAAGCAUUUAGAUUGGCACUCGGAAGUUUUAUAGAAGAAUAUGCUAACAAGUUACAAAUAAUAGCAUUAUCAGACACAGUUUAUGAUGAUCCCUACCAACGCCCGUCUACUGGCGAUUUUAUCAAAAUAGCUGAAGUUGAUCAUCACUACCCCAUAACGAAAGUGCUAUGGGAACCAAAUAAGGGUGGUCUAAAAACUCCCGACCUGCUCGCCACGACUGGCGAUCACUUACGUUUAUGGGAGAUUGUAGAUGAUGUUAACACUACGGGUAAUACCAUUGGAGUGAAUAAUGGAGUUGGAGUGCGAACACAGAGAUUAAAUCAUCGGCAAUUGUUAACGAACACCAAAGCAGAUUUUAACGCGCCACUAACAUCCUUCGACUGGAAUGAAAUCGAUACUUCCUUGGCAGUAACUUCGAGCAUCGAUACGACGUGUACUGUCUGGAAUGUAGAAACUACACAGGCAAAAACACAGCUUAUUGCACAUGAUAAAGAAGUAUACGAUGUUGCUUUCGCGUCGGGGAGCGUAGAUGUCUUUGCAAGCGUUGGCGCAGAUGGGAGUGUAAGGAUGUUCGAUUUGAGAUCAUUAGAACACUCGACGAUAAUCUACGAAACGCCCACAAAUCCACAUCCAUCCCAACACUCUGUCUCUAAUCCGCAACUGUCUCUUCUUCGGCUGUGUUUUAACAAACUCGAUUCCAAUUAUCUUGCCACAUUUCACAUGGACUCUCCCGAUGUACAGAUAUUGGAUGUUAGAGUUCCUGGAAUGCCUGUUGCAGAGUUGAGGGGUCAUACAGCAACCGUUAAUUGCAUUUCCUGGGCACCUAAUAGUUCCAGUCUUCUUUGUAGUGGAGGCGAUGAUUCACAAGUACUAGUAUGGGAUGUCCAACUUCAAUCACCAGUUUCUCCUCCCCAUCCCAGUCCGCGUGAACUCCAACAAGUUCCAUCGCUAGCUUAUAGAGCGUCGGCAGAAAUCUGUCAAUUAAGCUGGAGUUCGGCUUCACCUUCAUGGGUUGCAAUAGGAUUUAACAGGACUGUUCAAGCAUUGCGAGUAUGA